CCCUUCUGUAAUCACGGGAUCACAAUGAGAGUCAUAUGAAAAAGAGGCAACAAGGAACCGCUGAAAGACUGCAACAAAAGCUGAAACGGCCACCGCUAAAACUAGCAGGAGCGACUCCUUGCCCCUGGGUACCAUGGCAAACAUCACAAAGAAAGUGUCGUGGUCCAGCCGGGAUGACGACCUGGCCCAGGGGGAGGGUACUGCACUUCUGAAUGGGGCUACUGGCGCAGCUAGAUACACCAGACAGUUUUCUGGAGGCAGCAUAUUUCGGAUAGGUAGGCUGAGUACUGUUGACCUGGAAGAAGAAAUCACUACAGAGGAGGAAGCAAUCCUGAGCCGGCCUAAAGAGAUCCCCCAUAAUGAGAAGCUGCUUUCUCUCAAAUAUGAGAGCCUUGACUAUGACAACAGUGAGAACCAGCUAUUCUUGGAGGAAGAGAAGCGGAUGAGCUACAUGGGAUUCAGAUGUCUGGAGAUCAAUCGCUGGGUGGUGUGUGGGCUCAUUGGCUUCUUGACGGGUCUCAUUGCUUGCUUCAUCGACAUUGUGGUUGAGAACCUGGCAGGGGUCAAGUAUCAAUUAGUCAAACAGAACAUUGAGAAAUUCACAGAGGUUGGGGGACUCUCCAUCUCUCUCAUUCUUUGGGCGUUACUGAACUCAGUGUUCGUCAUGGUAGGCUCUGUGAUUGUGGCCUUUUUUGAGCCCAUUGCUGCUGGUAGUGGAAUCCCGCAGAUAAAGUGCUACUUGAAUGGAGUGAAAAUUCCCAGGGUGGUGCGACUGAAGACCCUGGUGGUGAAAGUGUGUGGGGUGAUUUGCUCCGUGGUAGGUGGCCUGGCUGUCGGAAAGGAAGGACCCAUGAUCCACUCAGGGGCUGUGGUGGCUGCUGGGGUGUCUCAGGGGCGGAGCACCUCCCUGAAGAGAGACUUCAAGAUCUUUGAGUAUUUCCGCAGGGACACGGAGAAGAGGGACUUUGUGUCAGCAGGUGCAGCUGCUGGUGUUUCUGCAGCCUUUGGAGCUCCAGUGGGUGGCGUUCUUUUCAGCUUGGAGGAAGGGGCUUCAUUCUGGAAUCAGAUGUUGACCUGGAGAAUUUUUUUCGCCUCCAUGAUGUCAACCUUUACCCUCAACUUCUUCCUGAGUAUCUACCACAAGAAACCAGGAGAUCUCUCUAAUCCUGGUCUCAUUAACUUUGGGCGUUUUGAAAGCGAUAGUGUGGCAUAUAACCUCUAUGAGAUUCCCAUCUUCAUUGCAAUGGGAGCUCUUGGUGGUGUUCUUGGUGCACUGUUUAAUGUCCUAAAUUAUUGGCUAACAAUUUUCAGAAUCAGGUACAUCCACCGGCCAUGCCUGCAGGUCAUGGAGGCCAUGCUGGUUGCCGCAGUAACAGCCACUGUCUCCUUUGCUAUGAUUUACUUCUCCAAUGACUGCCAGCCUCUGGUACAAGACCAGGCAGAGGAGUAUCCUCUGCAGCUGUUCUGUGCCGAUGGGGAGUAUAAUUCCAUGGCCUCGGCUUUCUUUAACACACCAGAGAGGAGCGUCAGGAGUCUUUUUCAUAACACGCCAGGGUCCUAUAACCCCCUGACCCUGGGCAUGUUCACAUUGAGUUAUUUCUUCUUGGCCUGCUGGACAUACGGUCUGACAGUGUCCGCUGGUGUCUUCAUCCCCUCUCUGCUGAUCGGGGCAGCCUGGGGGCGGCUCUUUGGCAUCCUGUUGGCUACAAUCACCUCCAGUGGUUCUAUAUGGGCAGAUCCUGGCAAGUACGCCUUGAUUGGAGCAGCGGCUCAGCUUGGUGGAAUUGUGAGAAUGACCCUCAGUCUGACUGUCAUCAUGGUGGAAGCCACAGGCAACGUCACAUACGGUCUCCCCAUCAUGCUGGUACUCAUGACUGCAAAAAUCGUGGGCGAUUAUUUUGUAGAGGGGUUGUAUGACAUCCACAUCAAGCUGCAGAGUGUGCCUUUCCUUCACUGGGAAGCCCCGGCCACUUCUCAUUCUCUCACUGCCAGGGAGGUGAUGAGCUCUCCUGUGACGAGUUUCAAUAGGAUAGAGAAGGUGGGGACCAUUGUGGAUGUCCUAAGCAACACGAGCACCAAUCACAAUGGGUUCCCAGUUGUCAAUGAAUACAUCGACAAUACUGAGCCGGGCAAAUUAUGUGGAUUAAUUCUACGAUCCCAGCUUAUUGUUCUCCUGAAACAUAAGGUGUUCGUGGAGAGGGCUCGCUCUUGCCUCAACCAGCGCAAGCUCCAGUUGAAGGACUUCCGGGAUGCUUACCCCCGCUUUCCCCCGAUUCAGUCCAUCCACGUGUCACAGGACGAGAGAGAGUGCAUGAUGGACUUGACCGAGUUCAUGAACCCCACACCAUACACCGUGCCCCAGGAGACCUCUCUUCCUCGUGUCUUUAAGUUGUUCCGAGCUCUUGGUUUAAGGCACCUGGUGGUGGUAGACAAUGAAAACAGGGCUGUUGGACUUGUGACAAGAAAGGAUCUGGCUCGGUAUCACCUGGGUAAACAUGGACUGGAAGAGCUGCAGCUGGCACAGACGUGAUGUGUCGUAGGCAGCUGGGCUCUCCAUAGAGACUGCACUGGUCACCCACUGCCUGCCCAAAAAAUUCCAGCUAUGCACUGUAAAAACUCAGGUGCUGGUAAAGGGCCUCAAAGUGGUCAGAUGCCAAAAAUUCAGUCGU